UUAUUAAUCAUUUUAAUCAUAAAAUGACUUUAAAAAUGAAACUUAAAAUUAAUAAAUUUUUGAAAUUUGAAAGUGGCGCUGUUGUAACUAUCGUCCAUGCUUGUCAUUUUACCGAUCAAUGUGGUGUUAGAUUCCUUCGGCGUUUCGAGGAACAAAAUGGUGAACGAUGUCUGCUAAAUCUAGGAUUAUUAAGCGGGAUAUUAUAUAUAAAAACAUUCCAGAAAACACAAAAUAUAAAAAUGUACGUCCUAGAGUUGACAGCGGUGCCAGCGUUAGGAGAUAUUUGGAAAGAAUGCAAGAAUCUCAGAGAGACAUCAAGCUGAAGAGAGAUGAAGUGUUUAAGAGGAUAAAAUUAGCUACUUUCGUGAAUUUAGUGAUUGAAGUAUCCAGAGAGACCUUUGUCGAUAACUUUCGCGAGAUAUCAACACCCAAUCUCCCUCCUAUCAAAGCAAGCAUCACUCCUAAAGUUCCAUGUUGCAAAUCCUUGCCUUCGGGUAGGAGAAGACAAGAAAGAGCUCAAAAGGAAGACAUUAUAAGUAAUGGAAAUGAAGAAAGUCAAAAAUCUUCGCCUGAACAAAGAAAUACACCGUUCAGAGUAGAUAGUGCUUUGUCGGUCGAUUCUAUGAGAUCUACUUUUCAAAGUGUAAUCAAUGGUAUUGGUGAAAUGGAUGUAAAGUGUGAAAUGAGAUCUUUGUCUACUACUCUGCCAAAGAGUGCUAUUGAUCCUUAUCUUCUGUUAGAUGUGAGAGAUCCGGAUUCUUAUCGACAGUGUCACAUAAUCACUGCCAAAAAUUAUCCUCACUCUAUGCUUUUGAGAACAUGUAAUUAUGAAUCAAACGAUUUGUUAACUUUUAAAAAUGUUCCAAAUAAAAUCAUCGUGGUGUACGACGAAGACGAAAGCUUGGCCUCUCGAGUUGCUUCGACGUUAGUUCAGAGAGGCUACGAUAAUAUAUUUAUGCUUUCUGGUGGUUUAAAAUUAGCAUCGUAUCGUUUCCCUACCGGAUUAAUUACCGGAUUGCUACCCCCCUCUUGUCGGCAAGGUGUCGGUCAAAGAAGUUCCUCGUUGAGUAGGUUAAAUGUUCGUAAUAAUACCUCCGAUACAUUUCUACCAAAAAUCUUAAAAGAUAGCUUUACGGUUGAAGAUUUACAACUAUUGCAAUCGCAGUUAGAUAGGAAUGUGGUAUCUAGAAGCUCUUCGCGGUGCGGAAGCGAACGCAGCAGGACUGCUCAAAGCGUAACGAGAAAGUCUCCUCAGAUAAGCCGAGCUGCUACGGCUUUUGCCAAGCCGCCCGGAAAAAUUCAGCCUUGGAAAUGAACAGUAGUAUAUUUCAGAUUUAUCACUAAUUUACUAUGCCACGGUUGCCAUUCUAGUCAUUAUACAUUCUUUAAUAUAUGUGAAAAUCAAUGUUAGAAUAGAUUGAUAAUAUUUCAAAGUAUCAGUAUACACUAAAAUAGAUUUAUUUAGGAGUUAAACUAAAAUUAUAAUGUUGUAGUAACAUUUUUUGAAUCUUUGAUUUGUACUCAUCCACAUUCAUUUAAGAAAUGAAGUGUUCUUUGUGUUUGCUUUCAAUUUAAUUGCAAAGUGGAUUGAAAGAUUUGGAAAUGUUACUAAAACAACUUUUUUAUUUUGGAUCCCAAAUAAAUUAGAUUUGAUGUUAAUAUAAUGACUUAUUAAAGAGAUAAUUUUACAUUACAAUUGAAUAUUGCAAGAUCUUCAGUUGCUGAUCUUAUAUCUCUGAAGCAUAUGCAAUGCAUGAUACUUUUUAACAGUUUUGAUAAUUAUUUAGCUGUGAUUUGUGUACAUAUUUAUAAAAUAUUAAUUUGUAAAUACUCAAUUUAAACAAAUUUUUGAUAGAAGUAGAAUAAUUGUGCCAUUUUUUAGAAUGAAUAAGCACAGAGAAGUCUUUUAUAAUUAAUUUUAAAAACUUAGAUUAUAAAAACUGAAGAUUUGAUAAUUAAAUUGCUGAAAAUUGACAUUUGUAUUUAAAAAUUGUUAUUUACUGUAUGAAGAUUUGGUAGAUAAAAUGUGAAUAUUUUAAGCUAGGAUUAAACUAUCAAAAGUAAAGCUUUGUCAUUAGUAGAGGAGAACGAAUUACUUUUUUUUAAUCAGAAAAAACUUUGUAAUCCGUCCCAAAGUUUCUCAGGUUGGAAUUAAAAUCAGAAUUGACUAUUUUUUGUGAUCAGUUUUAUUAGAUAAUUUGCUAAACCAUGUUUAAAUAUACUUAUUGAAUAUAUAAAAUAAGAAUUUUUGAGAUAUUAAUGUUACUAGUAUAUCAAAAAUGUCUACAAAGGCACAAUAUUUGUAAUAUUUCAAAAUUUAAAACUUCCUGUUUCUUAUCAGAAACUCAUAAAUGCAUUUGUUGAGUUUUUAGAGGUUUAAGUAGUUAAUACAAUACAUGUGAUUGUGAUUUUAUUUUAGUUUUAGAAUCUGUUAUUAGCUAUUUUAAUGUGUAAGCAGCAUAUUAAUGUAUGAGUACCUUUACUCUGUUAUAUAUACAGUAUAAACAUUAUACAAUUGUUUCACUUAAAGUGCAUAUUAAAGAUUUUUAAAUACUCGAGUGCUUGUUUUUAUAAUGAAUCUUGAGAAUUAGUACUGUAUUUGAAAAAGCUUAACUUCAAUCAAUAUUUUAUAAUUAAAUACAUUAGCAUUACGGAUUAUUGAAAUAUUUUUAUAUGGUGUAUAAUGUUCCGGUGGAGUAACAGAUGCUUUUAGUUAGGUAAUCAAUUCUGGAUUGUCAAAUGGUUCUAUCAGAAACAUUCAUUCAAAUUAGUACUGUAGUGUCAUGUCCUGUACGUCAUACUUUUCCGUUAGCGAUGGAGUCGCGCCCGUCAUCUGUCUAACUUCUUUCAGGGGAAAAUUUUUGAAUUGAAAUAACAUGAUUUCCAGUUUGCAUCGGAAGUUCGUAUAUAGUUAAUCGGGACACAAACGUUAACACCCUGAAGCAUACAUAACACAGAAAGACGAGAUUGUUGCAGAAGGGGGUGAAGUAAUUCGACCAAAAGUAGUAGUUGACCUCUUCCCGGAAGGGAGACCUGCCAACGACUACUAAUUAACACUAGUCUACUAUUAAUAUUUGAAAAGCGAUCCGUGUUGAAUAGGUUGCGAUGGCUCCAGGUGUGAUUGAAGUUGCUAACCUUAACGUCCGAAAGACUUCGUAUGACUUGUUUAAAUAAAAAUCUUGUAAAAAAUGCGAGAAUAAUUGCUUUUGUAUGAUAAUAAAGUGUUUAAAUUUUGGCAACAGAUUGUAUAAACUACGUGGGAAGUAUCGCGUUUAUAGUAAAAUUACUGCGCUGCAAUUUGUAGACAUAAAUUCCCAAUGUUCUCUCUCUGAAUGUCUGUCCUUCCUUAAU